AUGGCGGCAGGGUUCAUGGGAAUCGCCCACACAAACAUCUUCCAUGCGUUGUUUACCUUGUCCUUUGCUACGCUGACCGCGAACCCUGGAGGCAUGUGGUGGCCGGAGGCUCUCGCCGAUUCGGGAGCUUCUGGCCGCCUGGCCAUGACGCCAACGUGGCCCUCAAGCCAAGCCGCAUCAACGCCACCCCAAGGGGACAUGUGGUGGCCGGAGGCUCUCGCCAAAUUCGGGAGUUUCUGGUCACCCAUGGACGACUACGGCAGCGGCGAGGACGCAUGA